AUGGACUCCAUCGCGUUUUAUCUCCUCCUCCUUUUCUCGAUAACCGCCGUCGCUAUCCCUCCGACGUCCUCCGCCGCGACGAUCGGCGUCACCUACUCGACACCAGGCUCGAUCUCCGAUUCCGUCCAACUCUCUCCGGACAAAAUCGCCGAGAAGAUUGUUUCCAUGAAGAUUCCGGCGGUGAGGCUUCUCGAUUCCAAUCCGGCGAUGAUUCGCGCCUUCGCCUACACAAACGUCUCUCUCUUCCUCUCCGUUCCCAAUCCUCUCGUUCCACUCCUCGCUUCGAAUCGUUCGCUCGCGAUGCGCUGGGUCUAUCGCCACGUGCUUCCCUUCUACCCUCGCACCAAGAUCUCAGUCAUCUCCGUCGGGAACGACGCGAUUUCGUACUCGCCGGACGUUUCGCCGUUCCUGCUCCGGGCGAUGCAGAACGUUCACCUAUCUCUCACGGAUCUGAGAAUCUACAAGAUCUCCGUGUCAACUACUUUCUCUUUCUUCAACAUCGUCCCCACCGCUUUCCCUCCCUCGGCGGCGCAGUUUCAGCAACCCAACGGCGAAGUGAUUAUCAGGCCGAUUCUUCAAUUCCUUGAGCGAACCAACUCGUCUUUCCUCAUCAAUCUCUACCCAUACAACAUCUACCGAUCCAACUUCCCAAUUCCAAUCGGAUUCGCUCUUUUCGAAGAAACCCCUUUCAAUUUCAGAGACGACCUCACCACCGGAGUUAGAUAUCGUAAUCUCUUCGAUAUGAUGGUCGACGCCGUGAUUAGCUCCAUGGCAGUGAUGGGCCACGAGAAUCUCCCGUUGAUUGUGGCGGAAACCGGCUGGCCUAGCUCCGGAAUCGAUGCCGGCGAAGUUGAUGCGACGAUGCUGUACAGCGAAAUGUUCUUGAGAGCGUUACUUACGCACCUGAGAAGCGGAUCUGGGACACCACUGAGGAAAGAAGGUGUUUCGGAGGUUUACGUAUUCGAGCUUGUUGAGAAAGAAGCCAAGCAAGGAAUCAGGAAUUGGGGACUUUUGCAUCACAACAUGACGAGCAAGUACAGCUUUGAGUUCUCGGAUGGAGGCGAAACCAGAAGAUUCAAAGAGCUUUUGAUUGGAUUCGUUGUGGAGGUGGUGAUGCUUUACCUGUUGAUGUAG